AUGUGGCUGCUGCACUGUGUGGUCCUCCUGCUCGGUGUGCUGGCUCUCUGUGAGAAGGUGGACUCUGGCAACCAAAGCUCCAGAGGAGAGGCAGCAGGGUCAUCGCAGGAAAGGACAGGGACGUGUGAAGUGGUCGCAGCCCAUCGAUGCUGCAACAAGAACAAGAUUGAAGAACGCUCUCAGACAGUCAAGUGCUCGUGCUUCCCAGGACAGGUGGCCGGGACCACAAAGGCUCUCCCCUCUUGUGUGGAAGCGUCCAUUGUCCGUCAGAAGUGGUGGUGUAGAAUGGAGCCGUGUCUGGAAGGGGAGGAGUGCCGAGUUCUGCCUGACCUCACCGGCUGGUCCUGCAUCUCCGGGAACAAAGUCAAGACCACCAAGGUGGCCCGAUAG